AUGGCCAAGCAUAAGAAGCAGCGGCUUUCUCAGACAUGGUGGUCCUGGAAAGAGUCCGCAGAAAAGAGACUUCUUUUCCUGGCCCAUAGUCGACCCACCAGCAAUGACGCCUUACAGACACGGGAGGCAGAGAAGCGCAAGUCCACCGAAGAGCAGCUCGCCCGCGUGCAGCAGGAAGCAAACCAACUGCGCGCACAGGUCGAACGCCUCGGGUCAUGCCAGUGGCCUCGCGAAUUCGCACUCUUCCCCCCAGACACUCUCCCACUGCAAGCCUGA